ACAGAAAACAUAUUCGUGCAAAGGCGGCCCUUUUCACUCCACGAUAAAUAGAGUUCAUUACCUAGCCGCCGAUAUUGCUAUUGCCUACGAAACGAAAAAAAACAAAAAAAAAAACAAUCAACCGAGCAUUUGCAUAUCAGCCAGGAAAGGCAGUCUGGUACGCCUUAGCAGAGACCAGCAGUAUGACGAAGAACAAUGAGAAGGGAGGGCUAGGAAGGUCUCUGAUAAAGCAGCGAAAUCAGCAGGCAGAGGAAGCAAAGAAGCAUGGCUAUGCCAAAGUAAAGCGCGUUUUGGAAUCCGUCACAGACAUCAAAGACAUUGAACUCGUGGUCGAGGAAGCAGAGGAGGCAGGUCGCCUCUUCUCCGCUCAAAAUCCCGCUCCCGACCUUCCUAUUGACCUUGAUUUGAGUUCAACAAGGAAUGGUUUGACUCCUGAUGAGAAGAAGAAACAGCAGAAAGCAGAGGAGGCCUUGUAUGAAGAAUGUAUACGAAUCCCUAGAAGGCCACCAUGGCAUGCAAAUAUGUCUGCAGAAGAACUUGAUGUUAAAGAAAGACAGUCAUUUUUAAAUUGGCGCAGGGGCCUUGCCAGGCUAGAGGAGAAUGAAAAACUUGUCAUUACACCUUUCGAAAAGAAUAUUGACAUAUGGAGGCAGCUUUGGCGAGUGCUGGAGCGAAGUGAUCUAGUGGUUACAGUGGUGGAUGGCCGCAAUCCAUUAUUUUACCGUUGCCCUGAUUUAGAGGAAUAUGUGAAGGAGAUCAAUUCUCAAAAGAAAACAAUGUUGCUUGUGAAUAAAGCAGAUCUUUUGCCAGUAUAUAUGAGGGUGAAAUGGGCAAAAUAUUUUCAUUCACAGGGUAUAUUAUAUGUAUUUUGGUCUGCUAAGGCUGCUUCAUAUGCUUUAGAAGGUAAAGAAGGGCUGAACUCUGCAACUUCUGUAGAAUCCACAGAAGAAUUACAAAAGUUGGUUGUCUCAGUUGAAGAUACUAAAAUAUAUGGCAGAGAAGAGCUGUUGAACCGUUUGCAAAAAGAGGCAGAAGCAAUUUCAACAAGUAUUAAAGCUUCAAAUCAUGAUUCAGCUCAUUGUCAUAGUGGAGCAUCUACUAGCAAUUCCAGUACAUUGUAUCCUGCUUCUACACGUGUGGUUGUAGGGUUUGUUGGCUAUCCUAAUGUGGGAAAAAGUUCCACAAUUAAUGCAUUGGUUGGAGAGAAGAAAACUGGGGUCACAUCAACACCUGGAAAAACCAAGCAUUUUCAAACACUUAUUAUUUCUGACAAGCUUAUGCUGUGUGACUGUCCCGGAUUGGUUUUUCCUAGCUUUUCCAGCUCCAGAGCUGAUAUGGUUGCUUUUGGGGUUUUGCCUAUUGAUCGGAUGACUGAUCAUAGGGCGGCUAUACAAGUUGUAGCUGAAAAGGUUCCUAGAUAUACUCUGGAAAAUAUAUAUAGGAUAUCAUUGCCUAAGCCCAAACCAUAUGAGCCACAGGAUAGACCUCCUGCAGCUUUUGAGCUUCUAAGGACAUAUGCUCGUUCACGAGGAUAUGUCGGGACAGGAGGUUUGCCAGAUGAGACACGUGCGACCCGACAAAUUCUGAAAGACUACAUUGAUGGCAAGCUACCUCAUUUUGAAAUGCCAUUGGAUAGAGAAAACAGUGUGAAAGGUGAAGAUAUCAGAGAUUAUGCUUCUCCAGAAUUGCAAAUAGAAGAUUCUAGAGUCGGUCUGCAAGAGGGAGCUUUGGAUAUCCAUGAUGAUCAACUAGGAUCUACUUCUUCCAUUGAAGAUGAUUAUGCACAUGGUAAUGACCAAGUUUCUUGCAUGGUAAAUGGUAGCUCCAAUGAGGAAGCUAAAAUGGGACAGCUUUUAGAUGUAAUGGGUAGCACAAGUCUAGAGGGUGUACUAGAUGACCUUGGUGCUUUUGACUCUGUAAAUGGUGUAGGAUCAGUGGGUUCCUCAAGGAAGAAAAACAGUGAGGGAAUGCGCGCUCAACAUAAAAUGCAUAAGAAACUACAGAGAAAAAAGGAUCGCUCUUGGCGAGCGGGUAAUGAUGACAGUGAUGGCAUGCCUGCUGCAAAAGUGGUACAGAAGCCAGUUAGUCAUGGUGCUGCUAGACAACUACUAAAGAUCCAAUGAGUGUAGCCAAUGGUUGUUCAAUGUUUGGAUGGCUUGUCUGCUGCAGAACGCUUAAAAUAGCUAGUUGUCAUGUUGCUGCUUGACUGGAUUGAAGAAUGCUGUGAAUAUUUAUCACUGAAUUUUAAAUUUUUAUUAGUGCAUUGUAAAAUCUGGACCAUAAUGCUUCUACUUUAGGCAUUUUGGUUACAGCUUUUCUUGGCCAAAACCAGGUAAGCAGUAAAGAGUAAUAUUCUCAUCUCAUAUGAGCCUGACACAUCAUAUGGAUGAUGGCAUCAAGGCAUUGACAUCUUUGAACUUUCAUCAUCCUUCAAUUUAUUUUUACUAUAAUGGAGAUAUAUCUCUACUUUGUAUUGCCAUUUGACCAUAUUGACGGCACAUAUAACAGUCAAAGCAAACUAUUUUCAGUAAGAUCUGACCGUACUUAUACAUAGCAUAAUGCUUCUUGAUAUCGCUUUGGGUUUAUGAGAAUGUGAAAUUAAUUAAUGAUGCCUAUUUGCAUUGUUGCACGCUAGGCACUGGAUGUUGGCAUACUGAGCAUGUAUAUUUAAAGCUAUUUGCUUCUGCCACUUUUUUAGGAUUCUCGAUGGCAAGAUGUAAUAUCUCACAAGAAUUGUACUGAUACAGUAAAUUGAAAUUUAUUUAAUUAUUGCAUCUGACAGAUUCAACAUUUAUAA